UUCCAUUUCUGUGACUGUGUGUUCACUUUGAGAGCUGGGCCUUUAUGUUUUUUAAUGAUGAGAGCUGCUUCUCUCUCCUGUGCAACAAAUCGUCAACCUGUCGUGGUCAUGUUUGCGAUCAAAGUCACGCAUCUCUGCCCUCUUUUCCCAUUCUCCUUGUACCCAUCCUCAUUCCCGCACCCGGAUUCUCUCCCUGCACCCGGAUUUUUCUCCUCUUCUGUUUAUCUUCCUCGUUGUUUUGUGUCUUUGGGAUACUAGUCUCUCUCUCUCAGUGUCUACCGCAGAAGAACAAUGAAGUUCUACUUUGUCAAAACGGUUACUUUGCGUCUCUUUCUGCACUAUAAGGAGCGUUUAUUUUGAAUUUUUGGGAAAAAGGAAAACAAGUCCAUGUUACCAAACGAGCGAGGCGGCUACGUCGAUCAAGCUCUGCCAAGGGAGCUCAACCCUUCCAGCACAUCCACUAUUCGUAUGGAUUUGGGCGGAGGAGGAGGUGCAGGAAGCGGGCAGAUGAUCCCGGAGCCGGGUACCGCGCGAGGCCAUCUACAGCGGGAAAUCGUUCGGUCCCUGAGCGAGUACCGCCUGCGGAGAUGCCGGGCCUCUAGGAUUUAUCUGUUUUACUGCGCGAUCGCAUCCAUUCUCUCUUUCGGUAUCGGAGCGUGGUAUUUGGCGAAAUUGGGCGUGUAUGGACGGUCUUGGUUUAGAGAGCGGCAAUUUUUGACGGACAGUCCGCAUCUGGAACUUCUAGUCGAGGAGACGGUAGAGGGAAUGAUAUCAGCCUUCUUCAUCGCCGAAACCUUGGGAUUUAUUUGCUUCGUCGCUGGAGGCGAUUUCCGUUUGUAUUGCGAACUCGACAAGCCGACGAAUCUAGGGGAUCUUUGCAUUGCGUACUUUGUAAUCUGAAUUUCUUACGUUAUGAUCUCCGACGUAGUUCUAUGUAUAAAAACAGUAGAAUAUGUAAUCUAUAUCUAAUCCUUCUCCUAUCUUUUUUUAUCAUUGUUCAAUCAUGAAUGUUUCUUUUUCACUUCUCGUGCUCGUCGUCGUCGUCCCUCCUCUUCGUCUUCAUUCAACAUUAAGAAUUACUGCCUCGUCGAUGAAAUCAGUUCCGCUUGCGCGUUGUCGAUUGUGUAUGCGGUGAGUACCGUUUGGAGUUGGGACCAAGAAGCGAAUACGGUGGUUCCUCGUAAUAUUUUCUUCCUCUUCAUCGAGAACUUCCUUUCUCUCCCCGUCUUGUUAUUGCGCUUGGUGCUCCUUCCCGCACGAUUUGUGAUGCUCUUUUUGCGACUCAAAUUAUGGCAACUAAAACUCAUUGUUCUAGUACGAGUCCUCGUACUAAAAAUACAACUUAAAUAAAACUUGUUGCUGUUGUUGUUGUACAACUAGUAGUUCAUCUAGAAUCUUGAGCAGCGCAGUAGAUGGGGGACUAGAUGUGCUCGUGCUGGUAAGUCAUGUCUACCGACUGAAGAUCGAUAUUUUCUCCAUCUAACCUACACGGCUAGAAGUAUACGUCAAAGCAUCGCAGCAAGCCCCGUGGACUUCACAGGGAUCAUGUCGCCAAGAGCGGCUUCAUCCAAUGUCCAAAUCUUCUCCGAGAACAACAGCUACAACAAGAGUAAUACGAACAAUACCGAUUAUAAUCGGUCUGCGUUCACCAGGCCAAGAACAGGAGAUGGCGCGGGUACAGAAGCAAAAGUAGGGCCUUGUAGUACUUCCUUGUUCUGGAGAAAAUAUGAUGGUAAUAAAAGUGGUGCCGCCUCUGCUGUUUAUGAAGGAAGAGGAACUACAACUAGUACUUUUGCAGUUGCCAGUAUCAAUUUUGAUAGUAGUAGUAGCGGCAAAGGUAAAGAGGGACGAGGAUUGGUGAGUUCUUCGCUACUAAGUAAUAAUGGACUACAGCCCGAAAAUGGAAACUACAGCUACAGAGCAACUUCCAAUUAUAGUCGAUCAAGAAAUACAACAGCUCCUGAAAGUCGAGAGCAAAUGGCAUUAGUGGAUGAAGACACUGGCAGCAUUUUGAGACUUUCCGCUGGUGACGGUGCCGCGCCGAUUCCGGGUAUUAGUGAUAGCUCUUCCGCAUCCUCGAGCUUCAGCAGUGUACCAGAAGUAGCCGAAGAUGUUGCGCAAGAAGAAUCGAACAAGAGAACGGCCGCGAGCAAUCAUCGGACUCCAUUUUUGAACAGUGUACUAACACGAGGACUGCAGGGGCCAUAGUUUUUAGCAGCUGCAUUCACGACGAUUGCCGGCAACAAUUAUCUUAUUGAGUAACAGCACCAUCAUGAUCAUGAUCAUCUUCUUUGUUUGAAAUCCCUGUUUUUCUAAGAGGGAAAUACGCCAAGAAGUAGGAUGACUGUGCACAUGCGGAGUAUGGGUUCAUCAAGAUGAGCCGCUCAUCAACCUGAAAUUGUACCGCGGUACAGUGUGAGCUCGUCCUCGUCUUGAGCUGCUGCAUCUCCAUCCCGCAGCCAUAGGUAUAAAUGCCGAAUAAGUUCUUGUGUGGAGGUCUUGGAGUCGGAGAGGUGCGAAAUAAACUUCCUCAUCAGAAGAAGCAUACCCAUUCGCAGAGCUCUAGAUUUAGUACCCUUACGCUUACAGACUACAGCCUUCGAUCACUAGAAUCUUCACGAGCAUGAUGAUUGACAAAUUCGUGCCUCGUCGUUGGCGAAAGCAGGAACAUGCUGAUGAAUGUUUUCCGACAAGGAUUGACUAUUUUCGCUGACUCUUGUCAUGGGCAGUUAUCCACUACACCAUUGGGGUUGGGCUAAAACCUCCAAGAAAGGACUGCGGCAUUGGCGGAAUACCUUCACGAACGCAACAUUUGGACAAAUAGACUUUCAGAUCCCGUCUCUUCGGUUAUCACGAACGAUGACAAGAACACUCCAGGGACAGCCGCAUGCGUGCGCCUGAUUACGCGCCGAUAGUACUUGAAUAUAUCCGAAGGCGAGAGUAGGCGGAAGAAGUCUUUCCUGCUGGCACGACAACUUCUGCUGGCAACUGAGGGCUACGAUCAUUGUUCAAAGCUAGGGCUAGUAAGUUACCCUGUCGACAGACAGUUCGUCUGCUAGUACUUCAGCGUCUCCUAGUCUUAGGGAAUAGUGGAUCCACGACCGAGACCGACGCAGAUGGAGAAGCAGAUGGCACGCAUAGUUCUGAAGAAUUGAACUAGAUGAAGCCACCAGCUUCAUGUAAAUUUUCACUUCUUUCGUAUUCGUGCUGUCGAACAAGUGAGCCUGGAUGAUCCUAGUAGAAGGUCUGCUGCGAGAUGUCUGUGAAAUAUGAUCUGGAUCAUGCAAUCGUGAACAAGAAGGUAUGGUCUCAGUACAACGUUCGUAGUUCUGCUCGUCACUGUCAGGCAAGUAUCACAAAAUAAGCAAGAAGAGAGCCUUCCGCCUUUGCCAUGAUGAUCAAUUCAGACAACAUAGUGAACUGUCUUGUUGGAAGAAAAUUCCGAACGUUGUUACGAGGUGUGCGUGUGAAAUCGCCAGUGCGCGUAGUUGGAAUUCCCAUAUAUUUGAUGGAUUACCAUUAUCAUAUGAAAUUGUCAGGAGGGAAAAGAAAUCUUAUAAAUAGAUAUAUUAGUCAAUGAUCUGCCAAAUAGAUUCGCAUCAUCAUGCAAGAUUAGAACUUCUGGAACGAAGUAGCGGCUCGUGUUCC